AGACUAUUGGAAUCGUUUCCGCACUUUCCGACCACGAUUUUAACAGGAGAGUAACAGCAAAUUUAGAGGAAGUACUCCAUCGCUUAGCUAGUAGGGCUACCACACCGCAGCAUGAAAACCACCCGGAGGGAUCGGUGAAUUUCGUUUUCGACAUACCAGCUGCAGCUCUUGAGCAGCAAGUUCUUUGUGGAAUACCAGCAAGUGAGAUUGCAACGAGGUUAGGAGCUUCAACAAGGACCAUCAGAAGGCGACUGAAACAGUGUGGCUUGAGAAAACGAGACCUUUAUUCAAUUGUGGACGAUGAUGAGUUGGACCGUAUGGUUCUUGAAAUACACAGAGGACAUCCAAACACCGGAUACAAGCUCAUGCGUGGCCAUCUAAAUGCAAGAGGUGUGCGUGUUCCAAGCUCAAGGAUACUUGACUCUCUACGCAGAGUCAAUGCAGAAGGAGUGUACAUGAGACGUUUAAGGCUGCGUGUGUCAAGGCGAAGGCAGUACUCUGUACCUGGCCCCAAUUGUUUAUGGCAUAUAGACGGGAAUCAUAAACUCAUCAGGUGGAGAUUCGUUAUCCAUGGUGGGGUGGAUGGAUUCAGUCGUCUCGUGGUCUACCUGACUGCGGCUGGCAAUGAUAGAGCCAUUACAGUCUUGGAGAGCUUUAAGACCGCUGUUGAGCAGUAUGGACUGCCGUCAAGGGUACGGUCUGAUAAAGGGGGAGAGAAUGCAGAUGUGGCUGAAUUUAUGAUCAGGAGUAGAGGAACAGACAGGAAUUCACACAUUACUGGACGAAUUGUCCACAAUCAGAGGAUUGAAAGGAUGUGGAGGGAUGUUUAUGAACAUACACUAGACCUCUUCUACCAGAUCUUUACGUCACUGGAAUAUCAGGGACUUCUCAAUCCGGAUAACGAGGUCCAUCUUUAUGCACUGCACCGGGCCUUCCUUCCUGUCAUUCAGCAGAGCCUGAACGAUUUCAGAGAUGCCUGGAACUUCCAUGGUCUCAGAACUGAAAGGAAUCAGUCACCUCAACAACUCUGGAUGCGAUACAGAGACCAAGGCCCUAUGGAGGAUCCUACCCAGGUUUAUGAUGACUAUGGCAUUGACUGGAAUGGACCACACAGUCUGGAUGGAGGCCUGGUGUCAGUCCCUGAGGUUCAAUUGGCACGUGAGCUCUCGGAAGAAGAACUUAACAUGUUGCCACCUGUAGGAGUGUCUGUAUCUGAUGCAAUACAGUGUUAUUUAGAAACCGUUGAAAUUGUGUGCAGAAUGACAACAACAAACUGAUGCAAAACUUGAGAUUUAUUAAACUCUUUGAGAACAACAGCCACUGACGAGUCAGUGCAGAAAUUGAAAAUGAAUGUUAUUCACAUAAUCAGCAGUCCCUGGGCCAGAACAGAUGUUUGUGAACAGUAAAUUCUUUGGGACGCCCUCUAUGAACUUA